UAGGUCAUUGCUAACGACGGUUGGAUAAUACCUUCGAUUUAAACGAUAAGUAUGAGUUCGCAUAAAAGAGGAAAAUCAUAACAGAAUACACCACUAGAUGGAUUGCUUCUCCUUUAGACUUCAAUUCUUGUAAAAUUAUUUAGUUCGUAAGUAAAAGUAUUGCUAUUUAUUGAGAGUGAAAAAAAAAAAAUAAAUAAAUAAAAAUAAAACAUCAAUUUAUUUCCAAAAAUCUACAAGGAUUUGUAUAUACGUACAUUUCACAAUAUGGCAAAUAACGGCAACUUCCUUCUAUUCUAUUCCCUGUUAUCACAGAAGUGCGUUCGAUACGGAGGUUCUCUUCAUAUCAUAAAUACUGCAAAAGUACAAACAAGAAACAUGCCCUGCCCAUUUUUAACUCGCUUAUCCGCCAAUUAUGUACGUAAUUAUGGGACAUCUGUAAUAAUGAAUUAUCGUCAACAUUGCCCAGUAAUGUCACGCUUAUCUAGUACAUUGGUAGAAAACACGGCUGAAGCACAAAUACCACCUGAACCUGUAAAAAAUCAUUGUCCAUUUCUUUCCAAAGAACCAGAUGCAAUAAAAGAGGCAAACCUGACAAUGGAGGAAGAUGUUAUUGAUUUUAUUACUAAAGAGGAAACUAAUGAGGAAAUUCACUUUCCCUAUCAACAAUUUUUCCACGAGCAAAUCAUGAAAAAAAAGAAAGAUCAUUCGUACAGGGUCUUUAAAAAAGUUAAUCGCUUGGCUGAGCAAUUCCCAGCAGCAAUGGAAUAUUCCUGGGGAGAGAAACCUAUCACUGUAUGGUGUUCUAAUGAUUAUUUAGGCAUGUCUCGUCAUCCUAAUGUAAUUAAUUCUGUACGAGAAGCCUUAGAUAAAUUUGGUGCAGGCGCAGGUGGAACUCGCAAUAUAUCUGGAAAUUCUAUGGGUCAUGAAAUGCUGGAAAAAAGACUUGCUGCUCUGCAUCAAAAGGAAGCUGGAUUAUUAUUUACUUCAUGUUUCGUAGCCAAUGAUUCGACAUUGUAUACAUUGGCCAAGCUUUUACCAAAUUGUCAUAUAUUUUCUGAUGCUGGUAAUCAUGCUUCUAUGAUACAUGGUAUACGGAACAGUGGUGUACCUAAACACAUUUUUAGGCACAAUGAUGUUAAACAUUUAGAAGAACUUCUAUCUAAAGUAGAUAGAAGUAUACCAAAAAUUGUAGCAUUUGAAACAGUACAUUCAAUGACAGACGAAGUUCAUGCAGUGGGCUUAUAUGGAUAUUUUGGUGCUGGCAUUGGAGAAAGAGAUUGGGUUCUUGAUAAAAUGGAUAUUAUAUCUGGUACUCUUGGAAAAGCUUUUGGUAAUGUAGGUGGCUAUAUCGUUGGUUCUUCCAAACUUAUCGACAUGAUUAGAAGCUAUGCAGCAGGAUUUAUUUUCACAACCUCAUUGCCACCAACUGUUCUAUAUGGAGCUUUAACAUCUGUUGAAAUUUUGGCAUCGGAUGAAGGAAGAUCUUUGAGAGCUAGUCAUCAAAGAAAUGUGGCCUAUAUGAAAUCUAUUCUUACUGCUGCUGGACUUCCUUUAGAAUCUUCUCCUUCUCAUAUUAUUCCAUUAAAAAUAGGCGAUCCAUUAUUAUGCAGUCAAAUAGCUGAUAUGCUAAUACGAGAGAAAGGACAUUAUGUUCAAGCUAUAAAUUAUCCUACAGUUCCAAAAGGUGAAGAAAAAUUAAGAUUAGCACCAACACCAAAGCAUAAAAAAGCAAUGAUAGAUCAGUUUGUGCGAGAUACGCUAGAUGUAUUUCAUCGUUUAAAAAUUCCUAAAAUUGAAUCUAAAUCGAAUAAAAUGGCACGUGCAAUAUCAGUUCAUUGACAAAUGUAUAUAUUAAUGUAAUAUAAAGAUUUCUUAUCGUACAAACAAAACUUGUUAAAAUAUGAAAGUUUAUUUAUGUGAAUACAUAUAACGUUUUUAGAAUAUUCAAAUCGUAAGAUCUGUCCGAAAAUAAAUCGAUUUAACUAAAUAUAUUCAUUUUAAAUAAAUGAUUAUAAAAAUAUUAAA